AUGGCAUUGAAGACUCACAAAGUUGAUGCCCAAGUAGUCGAAUUAAAGUCAACUGUACUGAAUUUGGAAAGAAACUUCAAAGAGAUUCGGUUACAGGCUUUAGGCGAUCGCAAACUGGCCGUACAAGAGUCAGUAGAACUAUUAAAACGCGACAUUGAAGUGAAAAAGGCAACCAUCGAAAAAUACGCCAGCAAACUCGAGCAAUGGGAUCAGGAACUGCCGGCUUUGGAAGCCAAGAGCAGAGAGGUGCUCAAACAUCGUACAGACGGUAAAGAUUUCAAUGAACCAGCGAAGCAUGAAUAUCUGGAAAGAAAGAAAAGGCAGCAACAAGAAGACGGCGAUGAUGAUGAUGAUGACGACGACGAAGAUGAAGAUGCUGAAUUUGAAGAAGUAUAA